GUUUUGCUUGAGUGGGUUCCCCAAUCUCGCCCUUGGAUGUGCCAGUUAAGAUUGCAAGUAAAGUAUGUCGUCGAAGUCAGAGAUGGAGAAUUCGAUGGCGCCGACAAAUGAAAAGGUUAACAAAUAUAUACCUAAUGAUCUUGCCUUCUCUGUUCUUUCAAAAUUAUCUCUAAAAUCUUUGAAGCGAUUUGAAUGUGUAUGCAAAUCAUGGACCCUUUUAUUUGAAAACCCUAAUUUUGUGAGCAUGUAUCGCAACAACUUCAUUUCUAGUCAUAUUUCUAACUAUGAUGAUACUUCUCUCCUUCUACAAGAGAUUAUCUCACCUUUUACUAAGGAAGAAUAUUCUAUGUUUUAUUUACUAUCUGGUGAGCGGUUUGAGAACAAAGUCAAGUUAGAUUUGCCACCUCCUUUUUACGAGGAUGGCUAUGAUAUUAAAAUUUUGGGUUCUGGUAGUAUCAAUGGGACUCUUUGUCUCACACAACGAAAUACACCAUUUGUAUUAUGGAACCCAGCUAAUGAAGAAUUCAAGGUCAUUCCUCUUAGCCCUAUUGAGUUUGUACCACCUUAUCCAGCCCAUUUUUGGGAUCGUCUUGGAUUUGGUUAUGAUCAUAUCAGAGAUGACUAUAAGGUGAUCCGAAAUGUAGGAUUUUAUCCUCUAAUCGAGUCUACUUAUUAUAGUCUUCUUCAAGUGAAACAACCAUGGAAUUGGGAAGAUUUAUCUGAUGACCCCAUAUGGGAGUUAUACAGCUUAAGAAGUAAUUCUUGGAAAAAACUUGAUGCCAACACUCCUCGAGAUAUCUGGGAGAUAAAAUGUGAUCAAAUAUACAUGGAUGGAAUAUGCCAUUGGUGGGGUGGAGAACAACCAGAAAUUAUUAAAGAAUAUUUGGUGUCAUUUGACUUGAUAGAUGAGGUGUUCUUUACAACACCAAUGCCUUCAUACAUGGAUAAAAAAUUCUAUUCUGGAUUGGUGCACUUGGUGAUGUUAAAUGGAUCUGUUGCUUUCAUUUCUAAUUAUGCCGAAACAACUCCUUUGCAUAUAUCAAUCUUGGGGGAACCUGGUGUGAAAGAAUCAUGGACUAAAUUGUAUAUUGUUGAUCUCUUACCUUCUGUUGAGCGUCCUCCUAUUGAAGCAGGGAAUAAAGGAAUUAUCUUAUUCAAAAGAGAAAUAGAAGGUAAACGACUAUCCUGGUUUGAUUUGAACUCCCAGAUGAUUGAGGAGUUUGAUGCUGAUAUUGAUGGAAAAUGGAAUCGUAAUAUAGUAAUUUAUAAGAAAAAUCUCAUUCCAACUGAAGGAUUAAAUGAUUAAUUGUUGUAAUUUCUUUUCAGCAAAAAGGUUUAUGAUCUGGUUAUUAUAAAUAUACCUUGUUUACAAAUUCUGUAUAUUACAAAUAUUUUCAUGU